CUCAUGUGAAAGCAUGGCGGUGGAUAUGAGAUUACCAACUGUCCACAAACACAUCUCACUGGCAUCACAAUCUCACCUGGACAGCAAACAUCUUGUGGUUCCUGGUGAUGUUAUCACAUCUGACACCGGGUUCAUGAGGGGUCAUGGCACGUACAUGGAUGAAGAGCGGCUCACAGCAUCAGUUGCUGGAGAGGUCGAACGAGUCAAUAAACUCAUCUGUGUGAAACCACUCAAGACCAGAUACAAUGGUGAAGUUGGUGAUGUUAUAGUUGGCAGGAUUACAGAGGUGCAGCAGAAACGAUGGAAAGUGGAGACGAAUUCCCGUCUGGAUUCUGUGCUGCUGCUGUCUUCAGUCAAUCUACCUGGAGGAGAACUGAGAAGACGAUCUGCUGAAGAUGAGUUGGCCAUGAGAGAUUAUCUUCAGGAAGGAGAUCUCAUCAGUGCAGAGGUUCAGUCUGUAUUUUCAGAUGGCGCUCUUUCUCUGCACACACGCAGUUUGAAGUACGGAAAGUUGGGUCAAGGUGUGCUGGUACUCGUGUCACCAUCUCUAGUGAAGAGACAGAAAACUCAUUUCCACAAUCUACCUUGCGGAGCUUCUAUAAUCCUGGGGAACAACGGUUACGUGUGGCUGUAUCCCACACCAGGACAUCAGGACGAGGAGGCGGGAGGAUAUUACACCAGUAUGGAGCCCGUGUCUCUGUCGGAUCGUGAGGUGAUCUCGAGGUUGAGGAACUGUUUGUUGGCUCUGUCAGCUCAUAAGGUGUUGCUGUAUGACACAAGUGUCCUGUACUGCUAUGAAUCGUCCCUUACACACCAGAUUAAAGAUAUUCUUAAACCAGAGAUCAUGGAGCAGAUCAUCCUCGAGACACGACAGCGCCUGGUUGAGCACGAAGGCUAAAGAACAAAAUAAUUACAUUUAUUUUCCAUUGACUGUAAUUUUAACAGUAUUCUUUUCAUGCUUGAAAUGUAAUUUACAAUUGAUAUACUUAACACUUUGGA